AUGGCUCCGCUCGCGGACAAUACUACAGUCUCGGGCCGUCCUCGUAGGCGGGCCGUAGAGGCCUGCACAUUCUGUCGACGUCGCAAGAUCAAGUGCAAUAACGAGCAGCCUACAUGCGCCAAUUGUAAGACUUACGGUAAGGAUUGUGUCUACGAACCCUUGUCUGCCCCUCCCAACAACCCGCCUCCUGCCUCGACUUCGGCUCGUCGUCAAACCGAGCGUCGGCGGCGGACUACACCAAGGGAUUCCCGACAAUGGUCCCACCCUCCAUCGGGGCCAGAAUGCCAAGAUGACAACGGCGACGAGACCCGUCAAGAUACGGCAUCACAUGUACCUGGCAGUGUGGAAGCUUCAGCAAGCCUGCCCGGUCAAGGUCAGCAAAACCAGCGGGAGGAAACACAGGUAGACCAGACUCCCUCCCGUCGGGCGGGUGUGUCACGUAUUGUGGUAUCUGCCAACGGAGUUUCGAGUUAUCAUGGCCGUACCAGUGCCCUUUUUGAGGAAAGCCUGCAGGAGAGGACGUCUGUCGCGGACUUGCGCCCGCGGAUGCCGGACGAAUGGAUAGAGAAAGGACUAGUCGCCGAGGCAGCCAAGCAACGUCAACUCGAGGACUUCAACUACCGCGCUGGUACGCUAGACUUUGACGGCGUAGAUCCCGAGCUGGGGAUGCAUCUGCUCUCGCUGCAUUGGAACCGUCAGCAUCAUUCAUUCCUACUGACGUACCGUCCGGCAUUCAUGAGAGACAUGGCUUGUAGCGGGCCUUACUUCUCAAAGAUACUGCUGAAUGCCAUCUACUUUGGUGCAUCCAAGUUCAGCCCUCGUCGAGAGGUCCGAAGAGACCCCAACGAUGUGCGGACGGCCGGCUGGGCAUUCCGUGAGCGCGUCCGCAAAUUGCUGGGCGAUGCGCUUGAUAGUAGUGAUAUAACCACGAUUCAGGCCCUGCUGGUGAUGACGAAUUCGCUGUUUGCACUCGGUGAUGAGAGAAGUGCUGCUUGGUUAUACGCAGGGCUAGCAUUUCGCAUGAUCAUCGACUUGGGUAUGCAUGUUGAUGCGCCGGGCCUUGGUAUCACACGGAAGUUCUCUGAUGAGGAUCUCGAAAUACGGCGAAGGGUCUUCUGGGGAGCAUUUGUUGUCGACAAGAUCCAAAGCCUCUAUCAGGGCCGCCCUGCUUCGUUGAAAGAGUCCGACACUCUGGUUCCCAUAAAGUUCCUGGACACAUUCGAAGAGUUCGAGAAUUGGGCGCCCUUCGCCUACUCAGCUCAGAACAACAGCUAUCCUGGUUCGCCUGCCUAUAGUGUAUCAACUUUCACCCAUCUGUGUAGGCUGUCAGUUGUCAUGAGUGACAUUCUAAGUUGCAUCUACACGGAGCGAGCUUUUGACAAAAGCCCCCAAGAACUGUCUACCAUGCUUGAGAACCUCAGCUCAAAGCUCGCAGCGUGGAAAGAUGCCCUGCCAGCCCACCUUAUAUUCGACCCCAAGAGCAGCACCAGAGUUCCUCCCCCGCAUGUGCUCAGCCUACAUGCAAUGUAUCAUGUCCUCACGAUCCUUUUGCACCGGCCUUUUGUUGCUGACGGUCAUCUCUACAAUACGUCUCGCUCCCUAUCAAUAAACUCGUUCAUUACAUGUGCCUCGGCCGCCGAUAGCAUAGUAGGCGUGCUCCGAGUGUACGACAAAGUCUUCUCGGUACGGCAUGCACCUUAUCUGAUAUCGUAUGCUACGUACGUGGCAGCCACCAUUCAUGUUCGCAUUGCGGCAAAGCGUAGCACUGAAUCGGGAGCUCGCGAGUGCUUGGAGACGUGCAUGGCCGUCUUCAGAGAGAACCAAGAAACAAAUUGGGCUGUUAGAAGGGCUAAAGCAAUAGUUGAAGGUCUGAUGACAAGAUUGGGCGUUGGCCUUUCUCCCGAUAAUGGCAAUAUUCAGAUUAGCAAUAGGCAAGUCCCCAAUACAGCGGACACCAGCCCGGAGAGUGCGCGGAGUCGUCCUGGAAGAAGACCAACGAGCGGUCUUGGGGAGCGUGGCCGCGGGGAGCAUCAAAGACCACAUCCGCCAUUGUUGGAGGACGGAUCCCCGUCAAUGGGCUGGUCUGACAUUGAUGGUAUCAUACAGAGCUUCGUCCGCGGACAAGAUUUCAACUCAGUGCCGACGGAAACGGGACAGCCGGAGACACAACUCCAGGUAAUGCAUCAGACUAUGAGUACCCAGCCGCCCGGCGGCGAUCCGGGAAGUGGCGUCGGCAACCAGUCAUGGAUUCAGGGGCUACCAGAGGCGGAUGCCGGUGCUGCCUCAUCCUCAACCAAGGUCUCAGGCCUUUGA